AAUUUAACAAUUUUUAAGUUUACAUUGAUUUAUUUACUAAAUAUAAAUAAUUUGUAAGAUUCUUCUUGAUUAACUAUCCAGCUAUGGCGUCAUAUGUAAAUAUGAGCUUGGAUGAUAUAAUUAAAAAAAAGAAAAUAUCAAAUACUCGAAGUCCAAUUAAGAAGAAAAAUCCUCAACAACCUGCCAAAUCCUUACCAGUGGUUGAUGCCAGAAAUAAAAUUAUUUCCAAAAAGAGAAUUCAAAUUAAAGAUGCUCGUGAGAAACUUGCGGAGCUUGCCAAACAGAAAGAUGCAAGAUUGAGAUUAGAACAAUUAAGAGCAAAGAGGCAAACUCUGCCAAAAUUUCAAGGAUAUGUUUCCAGAAACCAUGGAAAAGUUGUGAAACCUUAUUUUAAUCAAAGAGAAAAGGUUUUUUCAGAUCCCUCGAGAUUUGUUGUCUCUCAGCCCCUUGGAGCUUCAAAACAAAUAAUCAGAAAGCACCAUAACAAACACUUUACCGAAAGCAGAUCAAUACAAUCAAGAUCCAUGUCUAAAGCAACUCUGAAGCCAAUAACAAGAACCAUAGAGAAUGACAUUGAGAUUAUUGAUGAUCCAAUGGAGUAUGAGCCGCUUUCAAGAACAAGCCUCAACAGGAAAGCUAGCCUACAACUGAAAAUUGUAACUCAUAAUAAUGUUGAAAGGAAUAUAGGGAAAGAAAGAAGCCCCCCCAGACCACCAUCUAUUCUUAAGAAACGGGCAAUGGCAGCUUUACGAAGUGAGGAGAAAGUUGAAAAACAAGAGAAACCGACAUUGGAAUAUAGAAUCAUUGUCAGCAAUUUGCGCAACACCGUCACUGGUGGUGAUAUUGAGGAGUUGUUUGGCGAUGUUGGAGGUAUGUUAGAGUCUCGUUUGGUCAGACCUGGCACAGCGGAAGUGAUUUAUAAGACUGUUGAAGAUGCCCAGAGGGCUGUAGACUUGUAUCAUAACAGACAGUUGGAUGGACAGCCAAUGAACUGUCUACUUGUUACUCCUCGCCCAAACGCCUCUGUUUCCAGCGGCGGAGGAUAUCCCGCUCAGUAUUCUAUGCCGCCACCCUCGUUUGGUUCAGGAGACACCAAUUUUAGUGCAAGCGGUCAACAAGGAAAUUACAAUCAAUCUGGAUCUUACCCUGGCCAAAGCGCAGGACAAUCAUGGAAUCAACAAUCCGCUGGAAAUGGAGGCAGCGGAAGCUAUGGUGGAGGUCAACAAGAUAGUAGUAAUUUUAAUCAAAGUUAUGGAUCAAAUUAUGGCGGUGGCAGUUUUGACCGUAAUAAUGGAAGCAACUACAACGCUGGUGGUAGUGACCGAGGCAGUGGCAACUAUGGCAAUAAUGACCGUGGCGGAAGCAACUAUGGUAGCGAGAGAAGUAGCGGUGGCUACGGAGGCGGGGACCGCGGGGGAUCCAACUACGGUGGAGACCGAGGAGGCAGUGGCUACUCGGGAGGAGACAGGGGUGGCUAUGGCGGUGGAGGUGAUAGAUCAAAUUACAGCAGAGAUGGAGGCUAUGGUGGCGGCGGCAGGGGGGGUGGUUUUAAUAAAGGUGGCGGAGGAGGUGGCUUUGGCGGAGACCGGGGUGGUAGUGGUGACAUGGUCACACAGGAGGACACCGUCUUUAUUCAAGGCAUGAACCCAUCCACUACUGAGGAUGAACUGUGCCAACACUUCGGUGCCAUUGGCAUUAUUAAGACCGACAAGAAGACUCAGAGACCAAAAGUUUGGAUGUACAAAGAUAAGGCUACCGGCCAACCGAAAGGCGAAGCCACAGUCACCUACGAAGACUCGAAUGCUGCUUCCUCAGCCAUUCAAUGGUUCGACGGGAAAGACUUCAAUGGUGCUACGAUAAAAGUAUCCCUAGCGCAAAGGCAGAACACGUGGAGCGGCGGUAGAGGCGGUGGCGGCGGCGGCGGCGGCGGCGGCGGUGGAUUCCGCGGCGGCCGGGGCGGCGGUGGGCGAGGAGGAGGAGGCGGCGGCGGCGGCGGCAGGGGCGGCAGCGACAGCGGCGGCGGCAACCGCGCCGGGGACUGGCGGUGCACCAAUCCCAGCUGCGGAAACACAAACUUCUCGUGGCGCAAGAACUGCAACAGAUGUAACGAGGAGAAGCCUCCGGGCGCGGACGGCGGUAGCGGCGGCGGCGGACCGCCCGGUGGCGGCCGCGGGGGCCCGCGAGGCGGCGGACGCGGGGGGCGCGGGGGCGGUGGCCCGCGUGGAGGCGGCGGGGGUUGGGGUGGGCGCGGCGACCGCGGCGGUGACCGGGGCGGCGACCGCAGCGGCGACCGGCGCGGCUCCGGCGAUCGCCCUAGCGGUGGUGCCAUGAGGGGCGACGGAGGCGGAAGAGACCGGCAGAGACCCUAUUAAUUUAUAAGGUUACAAUAAUAAGCUAAAUGUAUUAUUAAGUAAAUUUAAUUCUGAGAUUUAAUUAAUUCAGACCAUGAAAAUAUAAGAUUUAAUUUCAAGAAAACUUGUAUUACUUUAUGUAUGUGCAUUGUAUUUAUUGACUGUGAUUUUGACAUUUGCUUGCUUGGUUAGUUGUGAUGUCGUUUGUCCUUGAUUGCACAUGUAAUUGAGUAAUAGGUAACUGAAUUAGAUAUCGACAAGGCUUUAAAUGAACGUGGCGAACGAAGAACUAACGCUGCCAUCAUACAACAAUUACAUUCAUUUAAAGCAUUGUAGCACAUUACAAAGAGACUGUUGUCGAAAUUAGUGUUUAAUGUUUAAGUUAUGUAUUGUACAACAUUAAUCUCUAUGUUGACUCGAACUACUGUCGCUAAUAAAACUCCCUUUUUAAU